CCCCGGGGGCGGUGCUGCUUCAUCCGGGUACCCGGCGGCGGGUGGCUGUUUUGUUUUGCUGGCUGUAAACUAGGGUAAAGUGAGGCGGCCCCGCGCGGCGUGACACCUGGCUUGGGAUCCACUGCCCUGGCGGGGCUGGCCGGAAAAACAAAGUGACCUGAAAAAAUGUCUGGAUUUCUAGAAGGCUUGAGAUGCUCAGAAUGCAUUGAUUGGGGGGAAAAGCGCAAUACUAUUGCUUCCAUUGCUGCUGGUGUUCUAUUUUUUACAGGCUGGUGGAUUAUCAUAGACGCAGCUGUCAUUUACCCGACCAUGGAAGAGUUCAACCACUCCUACCACGCCUGUGGCGUCAUAGCAACCAUAGCCUUCCUCAUGAUUAAUGCAGUGUCAAAUGGACAAGUCCGAGGUGAUAGUUACAGUGAAGGUUGCCUGGGUCAAACAGGUGCUCGCAUCUGGCUAUUCAUUGGCUUCAUGCUGGCCUUUGGCUCUCUGAUUGCCUCUAUGUGGAUUCUCUUUGGAGGUUAUGUUGCUAAAGAAAAAGCCAUCGUAUACCCUGGAAUUGCUGUAUUUUUCCAAAAUGCCUUCAUCUUUUUUGGAGGACUGGUCUUUAAGUUUGGCCGCACCGAAGACUUAUGGCAGUGAGAACAUCCGGUUUACUUCUGCGCGGCAGCCCUGCAUGCGUUUUUUACUACUCACUCCCCGUGUUUUGUAACGCCAUUUUCUAAACUCAUUUUUGAGUGUGGUCUCAGCUUCGAUUCGUGUAUUACUAAAAUCAUGAAAACUUCCUGUGUAAACAACAAAAAUCUAUUGUGGUAUGCAUUGGAUUUACUUAUAAAUGUUGAAAAUACGCCACGUGAGUAAUUUUUAUUAAGUUUUAUCAUGGUAUAACUUGUAAACAUAUAUUACAGAAGAAAUUAUGGAUGCAUCUUAAAUGAGCAUUUGUCAUAUCCAAGGUCCCAAACUGCAAUUCAAGUGCUCUGAAGAUGUAAUGUGUCUGUGUAAGUGUGGCCUCUUCUGUGUCAGAUGUUAAAUAAAAUAGCGGCAUUUUCAUGUUUUUAAAUCUA